AUGGUAUUCUAUAUUCCGUGGACCACCGACACGGAUUAUCACACACGCUUUAAUCAAGAAGUGAAGUGUAGCUCGACAGGAGAUACAUCUGGUAGGGAUAAAGGCUAUAUAAGAGAACGCACGUCUGAUUCGCUGACGGACAGUAAUUUUAACUUUCUCUUUCGAUUACAGAAAAUCUAUUUAAUAUUGGGUCUGCUGGUAACAGCGGCGUAUGCCGAGAAGAAAAUUAAUUUAGAAGAUAUAGAGAGAGAUAAUCUGAGGGCGGAGGGUAAGCCUGAGAGCAUCCGGACUGAUGAGACGAAAUAUACCGCCAAGCCCAAUCAGCAGCAGCAGUAUCAAAUACCAAGCCAAUAUAAUACUUUGAGUCAUUCCGAACUGUACAUCCCACCUCAGCGACUUCAGGAUAUAAAAUAUAGCGAGGUACCACCUGAAGAAUACAGUCAACCUAAUCAAUACUCUGUACACGAAGCACAAUAUAAACAGCCGAGCCAAAUUCUGCCACAGCAAAAUAUUCCGCCGGCACAAUAUUACGGCGGAUAUCAACAACAAGUAGAAAUAGCAGCCAAAGGCAUUGCUCCUAUCGCCUUCGAAUCUCAGAAAUUAAACUACCAACCGGAAAUACCAGUGGGCAACUACAUUCAAAGUGUUCAACAGAAAGCAGUCACGGAAAAAUACACGAAAGCUGUCAAUAAAGAACCUCUUUACAUCGACGUUCCGGUGACACAAUUGCUUCCCUAUUAUCCCUAUUAUCCCUUGGAUAGUAAUCCUUUAGUGGGUUUAAAAGGUGCCGGAUUGGCGCAACCUCCGUUACAGUUAGCCAGCAACGCGGCUCAACAAAUUUCCAUACCCAUAUAUGCCUCCGUGUACAAUCAGAAACAAUUGAUCCCUCCCUUACAACCAUCUUACUCUACUGCCGGGCCGGUGACGUUCACGACCAAGGCGCCGAAAGGAUCGACUUACGCAAUCCCAAGUAUACCGAAAAAGAAGCUCAGCUCGUCCACCCUGACGACACCCUUGUACGCGCAACCCCAGCAGUCGCUCGCUCAAGGAAAGACCCUGUUGCACACGCAAGCUUACAUCACGCCUUCGCAGCCGCAGUAUGUGCAGCAAUUAGUUUACACGCAGCCUGGCAUAGCUUACAGCGAUCCCGCUGCCGCUUACAGCGAUUUUUACGCUCGUCUACCAGCCUACAUUCAGGAUAACUACCUUCGCGGACAGUUGAAUCAAUAUCAGACGCAGCAACAGCUGUACAUCGCACCGACAAUCGGUCACGAGGCGCCGAAGGAAGUCCUGCAGGAGCAGAUCAGCCAGGACCAGCCGCAGAACUAUAUCAAGGUGCCUGACGAGCCCAAAACUCAUUUCAUACCGCCUCAGUUUCCUCCGCAUGACUUCAAAGCCGGUAGUACACAACUGGAACCUAUUCGGGGCUCCUUCGAAGACGAGCAGGCCUUGUUGCAAGUGCAAGAUCACUCCUUGCCCUCGGAGCCGAGGUCGUUACUUGACACAUACAUUCCAAGCAAAGUCAUUGCUGCACAGGACAUAGCCAGAUACAGAGAAAGACCAAUAAAGCUGGAAGGGGGCUUUCUCCCGUCGAAAGUGAACUUCGCUCUUAAGAAGCGCAAAUCCGAGUGAAUCGCCGUAAGUGGCAUGACGAUUGACGAAUGUCAUAUACACAAGGGUCAGUACAGUUUGAAAACUUAAUUACUAGCGAUCACAUACGACGACCGAGGCGUAUCAGGACGGACAUCGAAGAUGUGUCGUUUGAACAGAGGUCGGCGGCGUCAUCGCAUCUAGUCUUUCAUCGAAGAUCAUGCAAAAGCCUUUUUAUACUGUUC